AUGGAUUUCUUUCGCGACCUCUCUAUCGAGCUUGCCACCAGCCGCUGCGAAAAGCUCCAGGCGCCGAGCUACCUCAACCUGACACUGUCCAUCUUUAUACUCCUAGGCAUUCUUGUUUCCUACCUUCCUCAGCAUUAUCGAAUCAUCGCGCGCGGCACCUCUGAAGGAAUAUCGCCUUAUUUUAUCCUCCUCGGAAUGACCUCUGGAACAUGCGCCUUCGCCAAUAUACUGGUACUGCCGGCUUCUAGAGCAGAUGUGGGAUGCUGCAAGACCAUCAGCACAUUCGAGUGUGCAGCGGGUCUGCUAGGGAUUGCUCAGGUUGGCGUGCAAUGGUUCUGCUUCAGCGUCAUCUUACUUCUCUUCCUGAUCUUUUUCCCUCGAGGCGCAACGCUGCCGAAUAACGAUGCCGAAAAACAGUACACCUGGCGGACGGCUGUCACGGUGGCAUUCCUUUGUUUACUGCACGGUCUGGUUGUCAUAAUCAUCAGCAUGGCUCUGGUCAUCUCACGGCCGCACCACCUAGGCACAUGGGCCAAUACAUUGGGAAUCAUGGCUACAGCACUGGCCGGAAUACAAUACAUCCCGCAGAUCUGGAUGACUUGGCACCUGGGUCAUAUUGGGAGCUUGAGCAUUCCCAUGAUGCUUAUCCAGACUCCCGGAAGCUUUGUUUGGUCUGGGAGUCUGGCGGCAAGACUCGGUCUCGAGGGUUGGAGUACGUGGGGCGUUUUCUUGGUUACUGGGUGCUUGCAGGGCUGUUUAUUGGUUAUGGGUAUUUGUUUCGAGGUCAAAGCUCGAAGGGAGAGGCAGAGUGCCGCGAUCGUGGGGGCAAGCGAAAGGGGCAGUCACGAAACUGACGAUGAAGGAGGAACUGUCAUUGAAGAUGGUUGGAGUGAGAAUACCCCGCUGCUUAAUGGGUCGAGAAAAUCAUCUCGGAUCCCGGCUCCAAAAUGA